AUGACGAAGGGAAUACCGGGUAGCCAGCCAAUGAAAAACGCCAAGAUCAAACCCAUCCUCCUGAAUAAGAAGCUGCUGGUCGUGAAGUCCAAUGAAGACAUCAAGAAGUUAAUCAAGAAGGAGAAUCCGACGGAGGAAGAAGUAAACGAAUUGAAAGCAGCACUGGAAAGUAGCGAACAAAAGACGGAAAAAAAAAAAAAAAAAAAUAUUGUCAUUCCAAGAUUUAAAAUAUGUGAAGAUGAUGAAACGUAUACAAGUAAAUUAAAAAUAUUCGAGAAGCCCUCCCACUAUAUCAGAUACGAACUUUACAAAGACCAAGUGACAGGGAUCAAGUUAACAGAUGGAUCGAUUAUCCACUACGAUUUGUUAAAAGAAGACGAACAGUUUCUCCAAAGUCUUAACUCGUCCAUAAACAUCCAAGUGAAUGAUGAAGAUUUCUGUAAGCUAAUCGAUAAGUUUGAAAAGCUAACAGGGUACUCAGAAAAUAAAGAAGAAAUAAAUUUGGACGAUGCAACAAAAGCUGCAUCUGAUUUGAGAAUUAAUCUUAAGAGUAACGUUAUACAGGAUAUACAUACCUACUGGAAGAAUAAACGGAAAAGAUUGGGAAGACCACUGCUUCGUAUGUUUUGGAAUAACUCCCAGAAUAUUUUGCCACACUAUUCAGUGUUCAGAUCGAGAGUGAAAGAAAAAAUGACACUGAGGAAACACAAGAAGAAGAACAGCGAGAUUAUUUUGAAGAUGCAAGAACUUAUAGAAGAUUUUCGACGACUGGAUCGAAUAUUACGCAAAAUGAAACAAAGGGAUGAGAAGAAAUUACUCCUACAACAGUUGAAUUCCAUCCUUUUUGAUCAGAGAAAAAAUGAAAUAAAGGACAAGACGUAUGUCUGCCCCAUGUGGAAUUACUUUAAAGACUACAAAAUGGAGAAGAUUUACAGAAAGUUGAAGAAGGACAAAUAUUAUAAGAGCUUGUACGGCAGUGCGAACGCAGGCAGCCAUCAUGAGAAACGUCAUCAUGACAGGAGCCAUCACAGAAAGGGUCAUCACUUGAAGCGUCAUCACUCACGCCACUCUCACCACGCACAACACUCACACCACGCGCACAGCCGAUCCUGCGCCAACAUCCACAGCGACUCCAUCGUUAGCAGAAAAAUCAACAAAAGAGCAAAGAGCCAAGGGCUAUGCGAACAAAUGAACGUGGUCAAAAUAAAUCGAAAUGAAUACAAAAAUGUGAUCCUGGUUAAGAGGCGAGGGAGAAACAACAGAAUAUGGAUAGACCGAAAGUUCGUCAGCGAUAUGAAUAACGAUGACCUAAAUUGCUGCGACCUAUCAUACACCUUUAACGAUUUCGUGGACGCCUCUACAAAUUUAAAAAAAAAUUUCGAGGAGGACUUGUGCAACGAUAUCUCUGGAACGCAGAAACAUAUAGCCAUCAAGUUGGGCAUCAAAAGUGCCGACAUUAAAAAUUGGGACUCCAACUUCUUUAACGAUAAGACAAAUGGGGAGCAGCAGCCAGGGGAUGACGGCGGGGGCGCAGCGGAGAUGGACGCCGCAGGGGUUGCCACCGCGGGGAUUACCACCGAAGGGAUUGCCACGGCAGGGAUUGGUACCGCUGCGAUAGGCACAUCUGCGUUGGGAGACCCAAACGACCGAGGCAUCUCCCUCGAGAAGUACGAAAAAAUGAAAAGGGAAAAAAAAAAGAGGAAAAGAAAAAGAGAGUCCAAAAAUGUCGAUUCGAGCACCUCGUACGACCCGAUCAAUGCUUAUUCCCCCCAAGCAAUGGAAGACGAGGUAGCCGAAUCGCACAGAUAUGCGAACGCUACCACCAGGGUGUCUGUGGAAGGAGGUUAUAACUCUAUUGAUUACCCCUCCAACCAUAACAACCAAACCGAAGGCAGAAGAUUUUUUAAUUUCAUGUGGAACAAAGGGGAAGCAGAGUUAAUAGGGAGUAGCUCCCCGUGUGGAAAGUACAACAGGAAUAUGCAUGAAGCAUCGAAUGGGAAAAUAAAGCCCUAUGACGAUGAAUCACCUUACGCAAUGAUGAGUCCUUCUAAUGAUAAGGUCGAGAGUGCACAGAAUGAAUCCAAACAUAUAAGCAAUGGAGAUCCCAACAAUAAAAAUGAAAAUACCGACUCGGUUCACAGCACUGAGGAGGCAAGUUACAACAAACCGCUCUUUCAAUUUGAUGAUUUGGUCAACCCACAGGUCAAUAGGGGAAACAGCUUUUUCUUUUUGAGCAAAUAUGCCUGUAUACAGAAACGGAUUUUAUUUUACCUCGAAAAUUUGCUUAAUUUUGAUAAUCUUAAUUUUAAGAGCAAGAAAAGGGAAACUGGGACAAGUGUGCCUCAGGGCGCGUCCAGCUUUGCGGUACCGGUGCAGCUUCCCCAGGAGGGGGAAAAGAUGGACAAGGCGGAAGAGGUGGAAGAAGCGCGAGAAGCUCGAGAGGUGCAAGAAGGGGGAGAGGCGCGAGAGGCAGUCGACAUGGUGGAGCCGAGUGAUAAGCCAGAGGAGGAGGGGGUCGACACCACCGUGCCUGACCCAGCUGACGUACUGCACAUCAACACGCAUAACAAGUAG